AUGGAUGAGGAUGGAGCGGCAGGGCCCACAGGACGCCGCUCUAUGGACUGUGAAGUUGGUGUGUGUGUGACGUCAGUUGGUGUGUGUGACGUCAGUUGGUGUGUGACGUCAGUUGGUGUGUGUGACGUCAGUUGGUGUGUGACGUCAGUUGGUGUGUGUGACGUCAGUUGGCGUGUGACGUCAGUUGGUGUGUGUGACGUCAGUUGGUGUGUGACGUCAGUCGUUGGUGUGUGUGACGUCAGUUGGUGUGUGACUUCAGUGGGUGUGUGUGACGUCAGUUGGUGUGUGACGUCAGUCAGUGUGUGUGACAUCAGUUGGUGUGUGACGUCAGUUGGUGUGUGUGACUUGGUGUGUGUGACGUCAGUUGGUGUGUGUGACGUCAGUUGGUGUGUGACUUCAGUGGGUGUGUGUGACGUCAGUUGGUGUGUGACUUGGUGUGUGUGUGACGUCUGUCGGUGUGUGACGUCAGUUGGUGGGUGUGACGUCAGUCGGUGUGUGACGUCAGUUGGUGUGUGUGACUUGGUGUGUGUGACGUCAGUUGGUGUGUGUGACGUCAGUUGGUGUGUGACUUCAGUGGGUGUGUGUGACGUCAGUUGGUGUGUGACGUCAGUCGGUGUGUGUGACGUCAGUUGGUGUGUGACGUCAGUCGGUGUGUGUGACGUCAGUUGGUAUGUGUUACUCGGGGUAAUUAUGAUGGAUGGAGUCAUUUCCAACGGCGCUUGUGGCCAAGAGGGGGAGCCCACCAUGGUCUCUCUCUGCUUUAAUGACUUUAUAAUGGAGCGCUCUCCCAACGCCAUCGCACGGCCCGUUCUGGAGAGAGUCACGAACAAAUCACCGCUGUUAGAGCUGGUAAUGGCGCAGCGGGAAAUAUGGGGGGGGGGGGGGGGGGGGGGGGGGGGGGGGGGGGUCUGGGUGUGUCAAAUGCCCACAGACCCUCCAGGCUGA